AUGUCUCGUCCCCGUUCACCGCCUCUCGAUGAAAUAAUGUUUGCGCAACUGGGCAGCACCCUGACUGCAACAAGUGCUGCAUUGGGCCGAUACGUUCAGUCAAUUGUACGCACUACAUCGGAAGAAACUGCACAGCAACUUCUGCUGUUUUGCCUCGAUUUCCAAGCUGGAUUAUCUGCUUCAACGCGAAAGCAUCCUGCGACGAGCAAAUGUGUGCUACCAGCACAGUGUGUUAAUACGAUCAUUGAUUUUGCAAUUGCAUCGAAUUCGCAUUCCGAGCAAUUGUGGACCAUUGUUUUGCGAGCACUGGAACUCAUCAUUACAAACGAUGUAUCAACAAGCAAAUGUGUGCUACCAGCACAGUGUGUUAAUACGAUCAUUGAUUUUGCAAUCGCAUCGAAUUCGCAUUCCGAGCAAUUGUGGACCAUUGUUUUGCGAGCACUGGAACUCAUCAUUACAAACGAUGUAUGAGUCAGCGCUGUCACCGUUGAUCGAGUCGCCCCUGUUUUGCAGAUUGAUCUGUGA